UUUUUUUGCAACCGUAAACUGUCUGACAGCUUGUUCAGAACUACAGAAGGGGGACGAUUAGAUUGUAGCUAUCACAUGCAAGAAACAUGUCACAGGACCCAGAGAAUGAUAAUGUUGCAGACUUCCUCGCUGAUGAGACAGAGGAGGAGAAGAUAUUUCGUGAGCUGACAAGCCACCAUAAUCUUUCUCCAGGCACUGGAAUGAGGCACUCUGAAACCACAGACACUCUGGACUCUGUGUAUCUGGAACCCACAGUUACUGAGCUGACUGUUGAUGUUGGAAGUAAAGCCAAUGAAGAACAAUCUAAUAUCAGCACCAAUUUUGAAAAUACAACAGUUAGGGAAGGGGCUGUAAAUCAUUCUUCAGAACAUAAAAGUGCACACCCGGUUGGGGAAAUAAAACAGCUGCCAGAGGUAACUGUUGAAAACAUUGUCUUUUCUGUUGGUGACCAACAAGCUGAAGCAAACUCCCCACCUUCGCUAAGUAAAUACUUUGGAAAGGAUAGCAAUACUGAUGAUCCUUUUGAUUCCAAUUUCUUUUCUUCCCUUCCACAUAUAGAGGAAAAUUUGCCAGCUGCUACUAGUAUAGAGAAUAUCAUCCAUGAAAUUGAGACUGAGGAAUUCGGUACUGCUAGUAAUAAAAUUAAUGAAAAUACUGAUGCUAUGGCUGAUUUGACUCUAAAAGACAAUGAUGAGUUACUCAGACUUGUAGAAGAGGCAACUAAAAAUGUGACACCCACGGAAGAAAACUUGGCAGAUUAUUAUAGCACUGAACAAGAAAAAAAUGACUUUGAAAGAACAGAAAGUGUUGACUUUGACUUAGCUUUAGAUAAUACAGAGCCUGUUGAAACACCUGUGGACAUAGAAGAGAAAGACAGAUUUGAAUCAUUUACAGCCGAGAUGGCAGAAAAUGAAGCAUUAGAUGCAUUGGGAAUAUCCCCAGCUGCACCGUCUUCCAUGAAUGAGAAAAAUAUGACAGAAUAUUUCCGUCAAACAAGCAACCAGUCUGAAGGUCUGUUCAACCAUUUGGCUCGCCAGUCUUCACAACUCAGCGGCUUCUCAUCUUCAAGCCAAGAAAAGAUCGUCAGUACAACAAACCUAGAGGAAGAAACCGACAGUGAAAUAGGAGUCCCUGCAUCUGUUGAGAAUUCAGAUACAAGAAUACCAGCUCCUGAGUUACCAGAAUCAGAGCCGGCGAAGGUGGAGUCAACUCCCAUACACCAGCCUGUGUUCCCUCCCUCAACCACCCUCUCUCCUGUGGAAUCAUCAGCACACCAACAUUUCUUCAAGCACUCAGAUUCCCUGACAAGCACUGACAACUCGAUCAACACAUUCCAGAACUUGACAGACGAUGCUGCUGGGGAUGAUAAUUUCUUUGUUACCCUUCAGAUGAGUGACUCUGACCGACAACACGACUCAUGGUUGCCAUCGGAAACGACCAAGAGCAUCUUGAUUGCCAUGGCAACACAUGUGCAGGGCAGCUACAUUCCUGAUAGAGGCAUGCUUGUCACUCCUGGUCUUGUUGUCACCCAGCCACAGGGUGACCCAGUUCGUGAUCUCGUGUACAAGUACAUGGGGGAACAGGAAGCCAUGAAACGCAAAGUGCCGACUAUUAGCUCUGUCACCCGAGAUGUCGAUGGACUUGUCAAACUCAUGCAAGCAGGAUGCUACAGGGCUGCAAUAGACAUGACUACUCAGCUCCUCACAGACAUUGGUCAGUCAAUUGCUAUUGCUAUGGUAACCCCCACAACACAUUCACCAAAGUCAUUACAGAUCUGGCACUGUAGGUUCAGCCUGAUGAUGAAGCUACGCAUGUACAGCAUUCUGGAGUCCGAGUUUGCAGCCUUCAAGACCCUUGACACCCCUGACAUCUAUUAUGAGUUUUACCCAACAAACUACCCUGGCAAACGAGGAUCAAUGGUGCCGUUUGGCAUGCGUCUGCUGCAUGCAGAGUUGCCAUAUCACCUUGGACGCCCCUCGGAAACCCUGGACAGGUUUUACUAUCUACUCAGCGUUAUACAGAAGAUAUUGAAAAACCUUGGUGAAGGUCACAGUGAGGACGGCAGUGCAAUAACCAUAUCAACCGAGAGUCGGGCAGCCUCACAAAAGCUUUGGUUAGAGCGUGAGAAACAAGUGUUGUACAGCAUUGCCAAUGUCUUAACAUUACUGAAGAACUAUGAUGCGGGACUGAGUGUGUAUAAAGACCUGCUGGAGAAAGAUACAGAGCACAGACUGGCCCUACUCAGUGGAAUAGGGAGAAUACAUCUGCAGAUUGGAAACCUCAACAAAGCCAAUGAGUAUUUCCAGAUGGUCAAAGACACAGAAAUCAAGACAAAUGUUGCUAUGGUUGCAGUCCACAUGAAUAGGGGUUUUGAGGCCAUGUGUCAGAACAACUUCACAGAGGCCUAUCAGUGCUUUAAGUUGGCCUUACAGCUGGAGCCGUUGAAUACUUCAGCAGCCAACAACAUGUCCGUGUGCUGCCUGUACCUGGGCAAGCUGAAGGAAGCGCUUACCUCCCUUGAGGCCAUAGUCCAUAACAACCCUGAUCGAAACCUCCACGAGGGGAUACUAUUCAACCUGUGCACUCUAUACGAGCUCGAGUCCUCACGGGCUCUACACAAAAAGCAGGCUCUACUUGAUCUUAUCAGCAAGCACAAGGGUGACGGCUUCCCUGUUGUGUGCUUGAAGAUGGCCUGAGUGGGUGAUGGCUUCCCUGUUGUGUGCUUGAAGAUGGCCCGAGUAUGUUAAUUAACCCUUUUCCACUUAGAUACAUAUUUUGACGCAUUAGUAGUCCCUUAGAAAGUUACAUUUAACUAAAUAACUUUCUUAAUAGAUUCAAGUUUUUAAAUGCUUCAUAUCCAACCCUUAGAUGCUGAUGAGCAGCAAACAACAUAAAACCUGAACAGGCUGCAAGUUACUCACCGGCUGUUCUGGUGUUAUGCUGUUUGUACAUAGCCAUUUUCACUUUGUUUCUGAGUGGGAAAGGGUGAAAGGCAAUACUAGUGCAAGUGCUGAACAUUACUGUCUCAGUCAUUAGUUUAGUGCUCAGUUAUUGAAUUAAAUCAUUAGAUCCAGUGUGGUGUUUUUAACCAGGUUUUCCGAAGGAAAAAACUGGUUAUUAGAUUGGCGAAUGCGGGCGGGCUGGCUGGCUGGCGGGCUGGCUGGCGGAACAAGCUUGUCCGGGCCAUAACUAUGUCGUUCAUUGUCAGAAUUUAAAAUCAUUUGGCACAUUUGUUCACCAUCAUUGGACGGUGUGUCGCGCGAAAUAAUUACGUCGAUAUCUCCAAGGUCAAGGUCACACUUUGAGUUCAAAGGUCAAAAAUGGCCAUAAAUGAGCUUGUCCGAGCCAUAACUAUGUCGUUCAUUGUCAGAUUUUAAAAUCAUUUGGCACAUUUGUUCACCAUCAUUGGACGGUGUGUCGCGUGAAAUAAUUACGUCGAUAUCUCCAAGGUCAAGGUCACACUUUGAGUUCAAAGGUCAAAAAUGGCCAUAAAUGUCCCUUGAGAUAUAACCUUCAUAUUUAGUAUGCAUGUGUAUAUGGACAAGGCCUUUCCAUAGGCACAACAAUUUUGACCCCUGUGACCUUGACCUUGAAGUAGGGGUCUGCGUUUAGGUUUCAAAAUCUGCGUUUAGGUUUCGAAAAAUGCUCUAUACUUCUAUGUCCCUUGAGAUAUAACCUUCAUAUUUGGUAUGCAUGUGUAUAUGGACAACGCCUUUCCAUACGCACACAAAUUUUGACCGUCCGUUCGUGUGUCCGUCCGAAAACUUUAACGUUGCUCAUAACUUUUGCAAUAUUGAAGAUAGCAACUUGAUAUUUGCCAUGCAUGUGUAUCUUAUGAAGCUGCACAUUUUUAGUGGUGAAAGGUCAAGGUCAUCCUUCAUGGUCAAAGGUCAAAAAAAAAAAUUCAUGUGCAUAUCUCCAAUGUCAAGGUCGCCACGACUAAAAAUAGAUUUAUUUUAAAACAAACUUACAAAGGGGGUUAAUUUUCUUUGUUCAUUUCAAAAGUUGAGUUUGAGUUGUCUCCCUUUAUCAGAUUUUUUUUCACAAUGAAAACCUGGUUUUGUGACAAUUUUGUCCCUUGUUAGUGCUUUAUAUUACUAUGGAUGUGACACCGAUUUCAAAAUCAAACCUUUUUUGUGCAAAUACGUUGAUACGCCAGAUAAACCGGACAGUGUUUGCAGAAACGUACAAAUAUUGCUGGUAAUUCAGUGCUGCGUAAUAUAGAAGCACUAUUCCAUUCAAAUAAACAGAACAUUUACAUUUAUCCCUUGUAUUAUUUAAUUAUUUUAUGAAUAUGUGAUAUUAUGUCUUACGAGUUUACCAUAAUUAUACUGUGGACCAAAUUUUUUUUUGCUGCUCUGGGAUAUCACAGUUCUCUGCAUCAUUCUCUUUAUUUGCAGUACAAGAUCUCCAGCCAGAAAUAUCUAUAGUUUAUGUUCUAGUUAACUGUCAAAUUAUGAUGAUGAAAUUGAAAUAGUUCUGUAACAAUGCAUACUUUUGUAAAUCUAUUAGCAUUUAGGAUACAUUAGCAAAUAAAAAUGUGGAUAACUAACAAUGAUAUGCAUUAUUACAUUUAAAGAUUGAGUUUCUUAACGAAAUCUACAGAUUGGACAGGCAGAAUCACAUAACAGACCUUGUAACAGAUAUAUACAGAUAACUGCAAGGAGACUUGACAAAUAUUGAAAUAUAGAAACAAAUGAAUUAUGUUAUAAACACUUACCAGGUUCAAGCGUGUAAGGUUCUUCAAUGCAAGCUAUAUCCAGGAAGAACAAAUGUGUGUUUAUUUUUUAUUUAACAUAAUAAUGAACAGAAAAGCUUAUUCAUGUAAUAUGUCUGUCUUCAUUGAUCCAUGCAAACCAUCUGCGGUGGAAGUCUUCUGUAGAUAUCAUGUUUAAUGUGUGCUCCUGAAAUGUGAAUUGUCUAUUAAGAUAAAGGAUUAAAGGUAUUGAAAUGUAUUUUUUAUGAUCGGUUCUUACUGUUGUUGAUUAAAAUAUUGAUGAUAACAUGUUAAAAUGUGUGUAACAAGUAGCUGAUUUGUAUAUGUUUAGCUAAAUGAAUAUAAUAAAAUGAUGUUUGAUGUUACAGGUUUUACAACAUGUGCUUGAUACUUGCAAAUAUGUAAAAUGAUGUUUUUGUUUCAAAUUGUAUGUAUGCAAUCAUCAUGUUUGGCUAUGUGCAAUAUUUAACUCAUAUUGAAAGAUGGGGCUAUUCAUUAAAAUGAAUAAAAUGAUUUUGAAAUUCAA